GGCCCGCCGCCGAGAACAUGCUUCUAGCCACGUUCAAGCUGUGCGCUGGGAGCUCCUACAGACACGUGCGCAACAUGAAAGGGCUGAGGCACCAAGCUAUGCUGGCCAUUGGUCAGGAGCUGAACCGGAGAGCCCUGGGAGACCCCAGUGGCGCCUGGAUUAACCAGGUUCGACGUCGGAGCUCUCUGCUGGGUUCUCGGCUGGAGGAAACGCUCUACAGUGAUCGGGAGCUGGCCUAUGUCCAGCAGGGAGAGGCGGCCAUGCAGAAGGCCCUGGGCAUCCUCAGCAACCAGGAGGGCUGGAAGAAGGAGAGCCAGCAGGAAAAUGGGGACAAAGUACUGAGUAAGAUGAUCCCGGACGUAGGCAAGGUGUUCCGGUUGGAGGUGGUGGUGGACCAGCCCUUGGAGCGGCUCUAUGAAGAACUGGUGGAGCGCAUGGAGACAAUGGCAGAGUGGAACCCUAAUGUUAAGGAGAUCAAGGUCCUGCAGAAGAUUGGGAAAGACACAGUCAUCACCCACGAGCUGGCUGCAGAAGCUGCAGGGAACCUGGUGGGGCCUCGUGACUUUGUGAGCGUGCGCUGUGCCAAGCGCCGCGGCUCCACCUGUGUGUUGGCAGGCAUGGCCACACAAUUUGGGGAGAUGCCUGAGCAGAAAGGUGUCAUCAGAGCCGAGCAGGGUCCCACCUGCAUGGUGCUUCGCCCACUAGCUGGGAGUCCUUCAAAGACCAAACUCACUUGGCUGCUCAGUAUUGACCUCAAGGGGUGGCUGCCAAAGACUAUCAUCAACCAGGUGUUAUCACAGACCCAGAUGGAUUUUGCCAACCACCUGCGCAAGCACCUGGAGUCCAGGCCUGCUACCAACACCUGGUGUUAGGCGGGGCUCCCUUCUGACUGGCCUGCCCGAGCAUCAGGAAAUGCCCACGAGAAGCCUGUGGAUCUGUUAAAGAUCACCAUCCAGCAGCAAUGGAAGGGCGCAGAGUUUAUGAGUAAGACAUUAGGACUCACACUGACAAAAGGUUCAGUACCAAGAAAAUAGAGAUGCUCUUAGAU